AGGCUUUAAAACUCUCCACCGGUAAAAAUGGGACAGUCGUUCUCUUCCUCGUUCAAUGCAAAGCAAACGUCUUCAUCAACUCCACAAAAGUCGACAAAGACACCGACGUGCUCUGACCCUCGUUCACCCAGCCAGGAUAUCGAGAGAACUCCAAUUCAAGUCAAGACAGUUGAGAAUGACGAAAACGGAUCCUCGGAAAGUUCAACAACGAAAGCCGAUAAGCCACGGAAGACAAGCUUGAGACAAAAGAUGUUCGCUAGGAAGAAGAAUAUGAAUUCAGAGACUGAUGAGUAAGCCAUCUUCUUCGCUCCAAAUCUGCUUCAAAAUCAUGCAUCAUAACUGCCUCGGAGAUUGAUACUCGUUCUUCAUUCUGCAAUCUCGUUGUUCCAUGGGUUUCAAUUAAUAAUAUCUCAAUUUUCCCCUCACCUUACGCUUUAUUCCAUUCUCCCAUUCAAAAAGUGCCGUUUUCAAUGACUUCUCCCGAGUUUCAAAAGUUCCAAACAACGGGGCAUCCCAUAUCGACUUAUCACUAAUUUCUGUAUCAUGCCCAUUCCAUUUCACUCUGUCACACACUUUUUUAAUAUCUUCGUCAAUCUUGAUUAUAAUGGUUACGAACGUUUUCUGUAAGCCAUGCAUAAUUUUUUGUAUAUAAAUAACUGAUUUUC